GUACACGUCUCGUCUCCGAGCGAGGCAUUUAGUGAUAAAUUAAGGAGCGAUCGCGCCUAUUGAAACAGUUAGCCGCCGACACUGUUUUAACGUGGAUCGCCGAUCGAUGUCCGUCCGUUUCGCGCCGAGGAGUACUUCCGCGAUACUUUCGGCGGCACCCGGAGGAUCGACGGGGUUUUUCGUGGCGGUGGAGAGCUCCUCGAUUUAAUCCCGAUUCCGCAACGGGAUAAUUCGAACGUCAGCUACAAUUUCAGAGUGAAAACGCGAUUUAAGUAUGGCUGUAAACGAGAUGCAGAUGACAGAAGUGAACAUACAGGGUUCAACCUUCAACCAGCAGGAUGGUAAGACCGCCAGCAAAGGCAACAGAAACACGAAUCUUACCUACGGGAUCGACGACGUUCCACCCUGGUAUCUGUGUUUGUUUAUGGCUCUACAGCACUAUUUGACGAUGAUAGGAGCGAUCGUCUCCAUUCCUUUUAUCCUGACGCCAGCCUUGUGCAUGGCCGAGGACGAUCCUUCCAGAAGUUACAUAAUCUCCACCAUGAUCUUUGUCACGGGAUUGGUCACAUUUUUCCAGACAAUCAUAGGCUGCAGAUUGCCCCUGGUACAAGGAGGGACCAUAUCGUUUCUGGUCCCAACUCUUGCCCUGUUGAAUCUCCCACAAUGGAAAUGUCCAGCGCCAGAAAUUUUAAACGAAAUGUCCGCAGAUGAUCGCACCGAAUUAUGGCAGGUCCGUAUGAGGGAGCUCUCUGGAGCGAUCGCCGUGUCCGCUUUGUUCCAAGUGGUCAUCGGGUUCGGAGGAAUUAUUGGCUACCUAUUGAAAUUCAUCACUCCACUCACAAUCGUCCCCACCGUCUCGCUGGUUGGAUUAUCCCUCUUCGAGAACGCGGCUGACGCAGCGUCGCAACACUGGGGCAUCGCAGCUGGAACGAUACUGAUGUUAACCCUAUACUCCCAGAUAUUGGUGAACGUGCCGUGCCCCAUUCUGAUGUACCGUAAAGGCGAGGGGAUACGAGUCGUGUGGUUCGAGCUGUUCAAACUAUUCCCGGUGUUACUAACAAUAGUAGUCAUGUGGAUAAUUUGCACUAUCUUGACCGUGACCGACGCUUUGCCUGUCGGUCACCCAGCGAGGGCGGACAGUAAAAUAAAAAUUAUCAGCCAAUCUCCAUGGUUCCGUGUGCCGUACCCAGGCCAAUGGGGCACACCUACUGUAACUCUGUCGGGUGUGUUGGGAAUGCUAGCUGGUGUACUGGCCUGCACGGUGGAAUCCAUCAGCUAUUAUCCAACCACUUCCAGAAUGUGUGGCGCACCACCGCCACCUGUUCACGCCAUCAACCGAGGUAUCGGUAUGGAGGGUCUGGGCACCAUGUUGGCUGGUCUCUGGGGCAGUGGAAACGGCACGAAUACAUUUGGAGAAAACGUUGGAACUAUAGGAGUGACCAAGGUGGGCAGUCGCAGAGUGAUCCAAUGGGCGUGCGGAUUGAUGAUCCUGCAAGGAUUGAUUAGCAAAUUCGGCGCCGUUUUCAUUAUCAUCCCCGAGCCCAUAGUCGGCGGGAUAUUCUGCGUGAUGUUUGGAAUGAUUUGCGCUUUCGGUCUCUCCGCGUUGCAAUACGUGAACCUGAAUUCUGCGAGGAAUCUCUACAUCCUAGGCUUUUCCAUCUUCUUCCCCUUGGUUUUGUCAAAGUGGAUGAUCAAACACUCCGACGUGAUCCAGACUGGAAAUGAAAUAGCCGACGGAGUCCUCACCGUCUUGCUCAGCACGACUAUCUUAGUUGGGGGUGUAAUGGGAUGUUUGCUGGACAACAUCAUACCUGGUACGCCCGAGGAACGUGGACUCAUAGCUUGGUCGAAGGAGAUGGAAUUAAAUACCACAACAGAUGAUAAAGAUGAUCAAGGAGAAUACGUGCCCAAUACAUUCGAUUUUCCGUUCGGAAUGAGCGUUUUGAGAAGAUGGAAAUGGACAUAUUACGUACCAUUUCUACCUACAUACAAGCCAGGGAUCUAUUCCUGCGGUCAGAAAAAAUAGUGAAUGUAACAUUGGUUUUACGUUACUUGAUAUAUUGCAACAAAACUUGCGAUGGUAUGAACGUUGGAUGAACCAGUGUGGAAGAAAGGAACGGCUAUUUGAAUAUGAACUUAAUUUUAAUGGAAUUGAGAAUAAAAUAGUUUUUAUAUAAAGAAC